AUUUAUCACAAAUGAUAUAAAGUUCCACGUGUAUUCUUUGGAAAAAUCCAAGAUUUGUGCACCACAAAUACUAAAAAAAUCAGAAGCACCGAGAACCUCAACUUCCACACGGUUCUAUUGGUCUUAAAUUUAUCUGGUCGCAAGCUGAAAAAUUUACUGAAAUUCUCGCUUGUUUCUUGUGCUAGUAAAGUGGUAGAGGAAAUGACAACAGCCUUGCUUACCAGUUGCAGAUUUUCGCACAGUUUGGUUGUGCAGUCUGCAUUUGAACGUGGAACUUGCAGGACAAAAGCUGCCUCAAGUUCAACAGAAAAUGGUUUCGUUGAGGGAGAAGCUGAUAAAUUCUCCGGGAUUUUGAAGAGACGAUCAGUGUUGCUGUCCGCAGGAGUUUCUUUGCUUUCUUCUCAAGUGUUUGGUUUUCCGAGAGAGGGAUUGGCAGUGGUGAAACAAGGUCUUCUGGCCGGGCGGAUUCCCGGUCUGUCCGAACCGGAUGAGCAAGGUUGGAGGACAUACCGGAGACCGGAUGAGAAGUCCGGAGGGCACGGCGUUGGUUGGAGCCCUAUCAUCCCUUAUCUCUUUUCAGUUCCUCAAGACUGGGAAGAGGUUCCAGUAUCAAUAGCGGAUCUAGGCGGUACAGAGAUCGAUUUGAGAUUUGGUAGCCCCAAGGAGGGACGCAUUUCUGUCAUUGUUGCUCCCGUUCUGAGAUUUGCAGAUAAUCUUGAUGGAGAUGCCACAAUUGAAAAAAUUGGACGUCCAGAGACGGUGAUCAACGCAUUUGGACCGGAAGUUAUUGGCGAAAAUGUUGAAGGAAAGGUUAUGAGCAUAAAUGUUGCACAAGACUCUGGAAGAACAUAUUACCAGUAUGAGUUGGAGCCACCACAUGCUCUGAUAACAGCAACUGCAGCUGGGAACCGCCUGUACUUGUUUAACGUAACUGGAAGUGGUCUUCAGUGGAAGAGGCAUUACAAGGACUUGAAAAAAAUAGCCGACUCCUUUCGUGUCGUCUAAGUGAUCUUUUUUUGUAACACGACUCAUGAGGUCCAACAGCCCAGACUAAGCACAGGCAGAUAAAACGCUGACAAAAGUAAAUUCAUCUGGCUUAAAGCCUUCAGCUUGCAUUUUUUUUUUUUCAAAUGCUUCUCAGGACUUGAAAACUUGCCCGCAUUUCGCAUACAUGUCAACCAGUGACGUGCCAACCAAGACAUCAGAAUUCAUUCCAGACUUGAUAGACUCAGCGUGCAAUUCCUUCCCAUGAUCUAUGCACGGAAGAGAAGCACGGCCUUGACGAAUUCGGGUGUACACGAGAAGCGCCUCCGUGGGUGAUCCUUGAGAGUUGAGAGAGGUGAUUCCUUAGAAUUUAAGAGACCAAUUUGUAGGAUUUGGUUUUUGCUUUGUUGUGCAGAAAUCAUGGAUUUGUUUGGGGUACUUUGGAUUUGAGGGGAUUUGGUUUUGGUUGUUUUGAGGAGGGUAGUGGGGAUUUUCGUAUGGGAUUUGUGGCAUGGUUUGUGAUUCGAACUUUGUUUCCACUUUGCCAUAAAUCUUUUCCUAUCCAUGUUUUUGUUUUCAUCUCACACCAAAAUUCCAAAAAUAUUAUAAAGAAUCAAUUGUGAUUUAUAAA